AUGAAACCUCUCUCCGGCAUUGUAUUCUGUCCAACAGCACUUCCUGAAACAACAUUAAAAUCUAUAACAAAGAAAAUCAUCAAACUAGGAGGCACCUACUCCAAAGACCUUACCAGAAAUACAAACGUCCUCCUCGUAAACAAAAGAACAGAUUCCUCCAAAUACAAAUUCAUAGUGAAAAAUAGACCAGAUGUUAUAUUCAUGGAUUACAACCAUCUUUUCAAAUUAUACGAUCUAUGGGUAAGUGGUGAAGAUAUCACUAUGCAAAACCAUUCCAAUUAUAAACAUUUACAAGCAAACCUCAUGGAUCGAAUGUUACAUGUCAUAAAGGAUAAAUACUCCUCCAAAGCAUUCAGAAACUUCUUCUUGUUCAUAGGUAGGAUAAAUGAUCAGAAUCAUUCAGUAAAGGAAAUCGAAAAAUUAUGCUAUGAACAAGAUUGCUUCGGUUGUGAUUCUAAAAUAUUCGCCAGGGAUGCUGUAUCAAAGAAUCCUAAUCGUGAAUUCGUCUUCAUUACAGAUUCCAUAUAUGGAGCUAGAGUGGAAGCCGCUAGAGAUGAAAAUAUCCCUAUUGUACAUCAUAAAUGGGUCAUUGAUUGUCAUAUAAGAGGUGCGAAAUUGGAAUUUGAUCCCGAUUAUCUUUUGGAGAAUGUCGUGGAUAAAACAACAGACCAAAUUGGGUAUGAUUUGACCGAUGUAAAUACACGAUUUAAUAAUCAACCAUUGAUGACAUCCUCUACUUAUAACAACUUAUCAAGUCAACAACAACAACAACAACAACCCCCGCAUAAUAUUGGGAAAUCCUUCAUGUUGGAGAAAUUUAAACCUCAAGGUACAAAACUUUGGGAAAAAGUUACAUCAAAUGAUAAGAUGAAACAACGAGAAACACACGAAGAGGAAAAAUAUAGUAGUCCAUCAUUGAAUCAAAACUAUCAGCAUAUUUCGAACUUCCCCCCUGAGACUCCAUAUUCCAAUGAAAUUUUUACCAAUUGUACAUUCCAUUUAGAUGCGUCAUUCCCUGAAGCACAUUAUAACAUUCUUCGAAAAGUUAUUGUUCAAAAUCAUGGGGAAAUAAUGAUCACAUCUCAGAGCACAAUUGUACCAGAUUAUUAUAUAGUUCCAAGUAAUAUACCAUUAGAAGAAAUUAAAUUACCCUUUUCCCACAAAGAUCCAUCACCAACUUUAGUCACUGAAUUCUUCUUAGAACGAUGCCUUCACUACAAGAAAUUAUUAUCACCAAUUGAUUCAUGGUCAAAACCAUUUUUCUAUACAAGAAAUAUUAAACUACAACCAACUCCAAAAUUAUUACACUCUGAUAAUACAGAUGACGGAAGUGACAGUCUUGUAGUCGCAAUGAGUGGAUUCCACGGAGUGGAGUUGUUACAUUUAACUAAAAUUUUGAAAAUAUUAGAACCUAUGGGAAUCAAAUUUUCCAAAUAUUUAAAUGAAUCAACAGACCUUCUAAUAUUAAAUUUAUCACCAUUAUCAAGUAUCCCACAAUCACAUACCUUAUGGCAAAAUGAAUAUAGUGACUUAUUUAAAGAAAAUUAUAUUUCAAAAUCUAAAGAAAAUAAAAGUCCAGUCUUUAGAAACUCUAUGAAAAAGAAAAUAGAAUUCGUUACGAAAAAUCAUCAUAUCCCAACUGUAACCCCUGCAUUUUUAAUAUAUUUAUUCCAACAAUCUCAAAAUAUAACAAACCGCAAAGGACUAAAUACAAACGCAGAUCCAGAUCCAGAUCCAGGUCCAGAUCCGGCAAUCAUAUAUUUAAAUAAUAUAAAUUGGUGCAUAUUUUGUCCAAGAGCUGAGAAAAACCAAUUUAUAUGUAAACUCAUAUCUAUAAAUUCACACAAACAGGAACAACAAAAAAGAAAUUAUAACCCUACGAAAUCACCCAUCAAUCAAAUAGAUCUACCAUCUGAUUUCAUUUCAAGACCAUCAUCAAAAAAUGUAAAAGUUGAUACCACACCUUUAUUAUCACAUUCUAGGAAAAACAGUACUUCCACUACGACGAAUUUGAAAAUGAACCCUAACGAAAUAAUAGAUAAAAUGAAUCAGAAUCAUUUGAAUAACAAUUUAAAAAAUCAAAAAAAACGUAUAAUACCGAUAAAGAGAGAAAUCAUCUCACCAGAACAAAAGAAAAGAGUAUUGACACCAAGAUCAAGUCCCAUUAAAAGGCCAAAAUUACAUGAUGUAACUAUUACUAAUAAAUUGAAAAUUGAAAGAAGUUCAAGUUGGGGUCAUAUGAUAUCAGAUGAAUUGGAAAUAGAACAAGAACAAGAACAAGAACAACACGAAGAACAAGAAGAUAUCCAUUUCAAUCGUCAUACUCGUGACAACCUUCCUAAUUAUGAAAAUAGAGAGCAUGAAAUGGGAUCCACUCAAGUUACGUAUGGUUCUCCUACAUUAUCAGGCAACUCUCGAACUGGGACUAUGAAAGGUGCCACAACAACAGCAACAACAAGACGAAUUACAAGGAAACGGGUCAAAGAGCUUGGUUCAUGA